AUGUCGAUACAGGUGCUGUGUAAAGAUCAGCCUCAGCGCUGUAUUACCCUAGUUACCAAGGAUGGGCAUGCGCUGGUUUUGGAAUACUCAUCAACUUUUUCAGAGCCGGCAGCGUCUUUGGGAUCUUAUCCAAAUAUCGAACAACCAAAAUGCAUCGUGACUUUUCUAAAAGCACCCUCCAUCAACUCGCUCCAGUAUCGCUGCCUUGGGACCGGGUAUGGUACCCUAGGACUUCUCACUUUAAACAGUGAUGUCUUUUUAUGUGUUAUUCGGAAUUCAACCAUGGUAGCAACGCCUCUACCCAACGAAACGGUGCGGAGAAUUGAAGAUGUGGACUUUUAUUGUCUUAAUCGCCCAGACUAUGAUAUGAUUAUGGAUGUUUAUGGCCAAUCCACAGAAGAGGGGUUUCUUGGUAACGCUUUCCAGGGACGAGAUGCUGUUACAGAGAACCCUUUUCUCUCACUAAAAAAGCUCCUAAGCGAUGGUAGUUUUUACUACAGUACAGAUUUUGAUUUGACGAGUCGUCUCCAAGAUCGAAUCAAUGAGAAGUCCUUUGACGUUGAAAGGUUUGAUAAAGAUUUUCUAUGGAAUUCAUAUAUGAUUGAUGCCCUGCUACAAUUUAGAAGUGGGCUCACAGACCAUGAGCGACAGCAACUUGAUUCGUCUCAGAUGAUUACAUUCGCCAUUCGUGGUUUCGCUCGUAGUUUUGAAAUUAAAGAAUCCGAUAUCCUGGUUCAACACGGUCGAGAAAGGACCCAAUCUUGCUUGACUGUGAUAUCCCGUUUAUCAUCGAGAAGAGCAGGCACAAGAUUUAAUUCCAGGGGUCUUGAUGAUGAUGGGCAAGUUUCUAAUUUUGUGGAGUCCGAAACAAUCUUGUGGAACUCUUCGGGUAUCACAUUUUCUUUUACUCAGGUUAGAGGCUCAGUGCCGAUAUUCUGGGAGCAAUCUGCUGUGAUGGUGCCGGGACAGCAGAAGAUCCAGGUAACUCGGUCUACGGCAGCCACUCAACACGCGUUUGAUAAGCAUUUCGAUUCUCUCCAGCUUGACUAUGGUGCAGUACACGUGGUGAAUUUACUAAGUGAAUCGAAACCAGGAGAAGUUGAGUUAUCACAAAGAUACCGCUAUCAUAUGAAUCAUAGCCCCCUUAGGAAAGCACGUGAGGAAGGGACAACUUCUGCGCAUCAUCUCUUGCAGUGGACAGAUUUUGACUUCCAUGCGGAGACCAAGGGACCGGAGGGCUAUGCCAGAGCUAAACUUAUAGAGGAUGAAAUCGAUGGCUCCAUCGACGGAUUUGAAUACUUCCUAUCGAAUGCCCACGAUGAUACCCAGACAGUUGUGCUUCAACAGGGAGGGGUAUUCCGCACAAAUUGUUUGGAUUGCCUUGACAGGACAAACCUUGUCCAAACAAUAAUCAGUUACAUUGCAUUGGAAAGAUUUUAUGAGCGAACCAUGGGUAUCACAAUGAUCGAAUUCGACGCGGUACAUUCAGUCUUAUGGGCCGAUAAUGGUGACAUGUUGUCGAAGAUAUAUGCGGGAACCGGGGCGUUGAAGUCAUCGUUUACCAGGCAUGGUAAAAUGUCGAUAGCCGGUACGUUUGCUGAUGUUAGGAAAACUUUCACCCGCCUGUACGUCAGUAAUUUUGCCGAUGACUCUAGGCAAUAUACAAUAGACGUUCUGUUGGGCACUUUGACAGGACAAGCCGCAGUUCACCUUUUUGACCCUGUAAGCGAUCUCGUUAGAUCAGAGCUUGCUGGUAAAUUAAGAGAGUUUACAUUUACAAAGACGGUUCGAAUAUGGGCGGGAACGUUUAAUGCGAACGGUUUACAAUAUAAUCGCACCGAGGAUCUUGGCGUGUGGCUACAUGCCCACAUCACUGAGCCUUCCGAAGAACCAGCUAUAGUAGCAGUUGGCCUCCAAGAAAUAGUCGAAUUGAAUCCGCAACAAAUCAUGUCGACUGAUCCUGGAAGCCUCAAGACCUGGGAGGAAGAGGUGAGGAAUGUACUCGACAAAGAGACUUCGCGAAGGGGAACAGUAGGGUACGUAUUAUUGAGAAGCGGGCAAUUAGUCGGUGCUGCACUGUUGCUGUUUGUCAAACGCGAUACACUGCCACAAAUCAAGAACGUUGAAGGCAGUGUGAAGAAGACUGGAUUAUCUGGCAUGGCAGGGAAUAAAGGUGCAUGUGCAAUUCGCCUCGAACUCUCAAAUACGCGCAUUUGUUUUGUCUCAGCUCACCUGGCUGCCGGAUUCUCAAACUAUGAGGAGAGGAACAGUGAUUACAAUACCAUCGCCCAUGGAUUAAGGUUUCAGCGUAAUCGCUCAAUCAGUGACCAUGACGCUAUCUUUUGGCUUGGUGACUUCAACUAUCGCAUUGGUUUGAGCGAUGGCGAAGUGAGAUCUUUGAUAGACAUGGGAAACCUCGAUACGCUGCUUGCACAUGACCAGCUCCUUAUGCAAAUGAGAAUUGGUCACAUUUUCCCAAACUACUCAGAGGGGCCUAUCACAUUCCUACCAACAUAUCGGUACAACAACGGAACCGACAUAUACGACACGUCAGAAAAGCGUCGUGUUCCAGCGUGGUGCGACAGAAUAUUAUGGAGAGGGAAAAACUUGCGCCAAUUGGAAUAUAAUACUGCUCCUCUCAUGUUCUCAGACCAUCGACCAGUAUAUGCUGUCUUUAUAUGUCCGAUUCGCGUUGUGGAUGAAGAGCAAAAGGAACGCUUAAGCCACGAGCUUCACGAAAAGUAUAAGGUCACUAGUUCGCAGAUAAACACAAGCGAUACAGCAUCGUCGACUAUAGGAGCUUCCUCCACUGGUUCAUAUCAUCGUAAGUGGUCAUCUAUAUACCAAACCGGGAGCAAAAUUUUAACCGAGAAAGAAAAACCGGUAACUUUUACCUUGAAUUCAUCGUCGGAAAAUUCAUCACUGUACGGGUGUGGCAGUAAGUCUCCGGCUGUGACUCCGCUUCGUCGAAUGUUAAUCAACGAUCCGUUCGGACGACAACACGAGGAUGUUCCUCUCAUUCCGGGGUCAAAUGAACCUAAACGGAUUCCGGAAAAAUCCCAGUCAGUAGAGGAGCGGCCACUAGUUGUUGUUUCAGAUGCACCAAAGAGAAGGCCACCGGUACCAAAAAAGCCUCCAAUGCUGGCUAAUCAACUUCUGCCCAGGAAUACAUUUCGAAUAAAUCAUAGCGAGUCGAGUCCUUCCUGCAGGCCCGUCCUCCCACCUCGGCAACAGGUAGAAAUACGGCCGAUUUUGCCAAGCCGACGUGCCCUGCCCCCAACACCUACAAACCGUCCUCUGCCCGUCUCACAUGGCAAACAGCAGGAGAAUAAAAGCAAGAACAAUUCUACUGAGCUUCUUGACCUCUGUGUUGAUUCUGACCUCCUUGAAUGGGUGCCCCUUGAGCCAGGAAGAUGA